AUGCGCUAUGCCGAACUGGUCCAACGCCAGCCGCUACAUUGUGGGAGCUUCCAUACGGACAGGGAACGGACAACUCUUGGGCCGUCGCCUGCUCUGUGCAACGCCGGUACUAACCAAGAGCUUGCCUACACCGUUCUGCGGCCCUCUCUUGGCUAUCUCGUAGCACUCGUUGUCUUCUUCUUUCAGAACAAACACCGUAAGCAGGAGGGAAAUUCGACGCAGACGUCAGAAAUACAGACACAGAUCUGUGUUGACCCCUCUGUGGCUCCGAAUGUCACUGCCACCGCCGCUGGCGUGGAAUCCACUGGGUCGUGCUCCAACUUCUCGCCAAGUGACGCUGCAUCACUAACCGAGGGGACCCCACAGUGUCCAGCUAGUCGUGACUUCAAUUCCGAUGCUGGACAGAGAGGAUCAAAGUCAUACGUUCCAUACGGGACUCAAGCUCACACAUCAUCAGCACCGAAGGCCAACGGUAGGAGUUCGCACGGCAUGCAGACUUGCUUGGCCGAUGCCAACAACAAUUCUCUUCUCACUGAGGCUAUGCAGGACCCUGGUACGGAAAGUGCAAAUCCUGUAGCCGCUUUGAGGAAGUCCCAACACAACUGCUCAUCAGCGGUAUCCAGGCAGCCUCGUAUACCGCUUGUAGGAAAUCGGGCAACAGCAGAUGCUUCAGCUGGGGACCUCCUUGCGCCGCCAGAUGGACAGCUACAAGAAGGAGCUUCAUCAAUCGGAAGCGAGCUCAGGACCGUUUCAUACUCAGCUCCUGCUGCUCCGGAGGCGAGAACCUCAGGGACAGAUACACCAACGUCGCAGUCGAGUGUGGCUGCAGCAGUGCUACAGACAAACGCCUCACGCGAAGCGGAGUUGCAUUGGCAAGGCCAUCAACGUAACGCAGCAUCCCCUGAAUCCGCAAGUUCGCAAAUGGCGAAAAGCGUAUCUCCAGCGGGGGUAGUUCGCAUCGGAGGCCGUAACCGCCGGAAACGGACAAAAUAUGACCUCGCAUACAGACAAAUGGAAGAGCUAGGCCCUUUUGAAGAAGAGGCGAAGUCUGUGGAUUUGACGAAGGUUUCUGGAAACAGCUUCGCUUUAGAGGUCCUGCGCAACCCUCAACAGUAUUCAUACAAAGCGUGGGAGAACGGGUUUGCUUGGCCUGUCGGAGCCGAUGGCCGCCGCCUGUUGUUACGAAAGCUUCGAGGAGUCUUCUGGUCCAAUCCGGAAAAGUGGCAGCGAGUUCUGCAAGAAAACAACCUUUACAGGAGAGAUUUGUUCACGCUGGCUACAGUUCAGGAACUAUUCAAAGUAACGCAUCUAAUGGGCGCAGAAGCGUGGGACUUCCUUCUGAAGUGUACAGCCUUGACGCAGAAGUGCGACGCGCUCACCAGCAAGGAUCUUGACACUGGACGUGAAGAUGAACCGGCAAGUAUUAGCCCUCGUGGAGCAGGUAGGCAUCACAUGUCAAGCAUGGAUGCAUGCAAGUCAGAAGAUGGAGUAAAUUCCCCACCGGACAAGAUGCUUGGCACUGGUGUGCCGUCUUCAGCAUUUUUGCGGAAAAGGGUACCUCAGGCUGUGCGAGCGGACAGGGAUGUGAACAAGCGCAGCCGUGGCCGCCCUCGAAAGGUUCCAGUGAAGAUUCAGAGAGUUGCGUCAGAAGCUGAAGAUGCAUCUGAGGUCUCACCAACCAGACAUCUGCAUACGGGCUUGUCAACACCUACCAGUGAGGCGUUUCGGUGGCUUCCCGAGGCAGAGUCUUCUCACUACGCAGAAGGGUGUCGUUCCUUAUUUCAUUCAGCAGUAGGCGACAAGGUGGAAAACACAUCUGUACAGCCGGAGGAAGACAAUAAAGCGGAUGGAGGAACUGACUUACUCGAAGCAAGCAUCAGUGAACAGAGGCGCUUGCUCGCUUCCUUUAUGCGCACAGCACCUCCAGUUGUUUCCACCCAUGAUAGCUUCUGCUUACCAGCUACGGGAAAGGCUGCAACAUCGGCCCCAGAACUGCGACUCACGCUCGGUGGAAAGCCCAGCAACAGUAUGCUAAUGCUAUCGACCCAUUAUGCGUUUAUGGCGCAGUUCAUGCAAUGUUGCAUGCUUGUGGAAGUUCAAAGGUCCCUCUUGAAGAUCGCCGAGGAAUUCAAAACUCUCUGGCCCUCAGAUAGAGAUCUCCGAGAAAGUUCUUUCCAACCGGAAAGCGGAGGUAUGGACCCAGCAGCACGAGCAUGCUUUGAUUCGCUUGUUCGCAGCAGCAACGUGCACAUGCAGUUCGUACAGGUUAUUGUGGAGCAGCUGCAGAACCAGGCCAGCGCCGAUUCUAUGCCAUGCGCCUCUGAGAGGCAGCCUACACCCUUCAAGCUUAACGAACAUUUCAGUGCUACAAUUCAGCAGUUGCAGAUUCAGCACAUGAGGGAUCGGUUGAUGUUUGCUUCCCCUGAACAAGCACCAGCUAUAGCAAGUGAAGUUAUAGAAGCACUUCGGGAUAUGGCUGUGCACGUGGAGCAACGCCCGACUGCGCCGGCUGAGGGGUUAGAAACGGCGCGCAGAGCAGACGAUGGAGGCCCACAGACUCGCCUAGAUUAA